AUUUGAAAUAUAAUUUCCUGAAUUAACUUAUCUUUUCCACUGGAAAAAACCGCGCGCUUUGAACCCUGUAAAUACAUGUAAAUAUGAUGGGAAAUGUAUGUAAAUAUCCGGUAAUUCGAAUUUACAUCGUAUUCCCAUCUUAUUUACAGGGCUCCCUGUAUUUUUUUUUUUCUCCCAAUCAGAUCCAAAGUGCAUGUAAACUGUCAAUAUUAAUAUCUGGUAUGGCUACACAUUGGGCGACUGAAACAAAAGAAAAAGUCAACCAUGCAAAACUAUGUCGGCUCCUUUAUGAUGGAGGAGGAACUGCUGUGAGAUCUGUAGUGGAUCAUCAUUGUCCACCAGCAACUUUGGCAGCAACUCUUAAAGCUAAGAAACCACAACUACAGAAACUCAGGAAGCCAAAAGGGAAGGUUUUGAAUAUUGAACAGUGGGACAAGCUCUACCCUUCCAGUGGUACCAGCCCCAGUACAAAAGAUAUUGACAUCACUUUGUUAUUUGUUCUUAUAAGGAACAUUUGUGGACUUACUAAACCAGCUACUGGAUGGGAUGCUUUGCCACCACCAGUUGAUACAUCAACUGAAGCUAACCUUGCAAGGAUUAAGUAUUACAGAAACACUGUUAUUGGUCACAGUGGAAAUGCUGAAGUAGAUGAUAUACAGUAUGAGGCAUACUGGAAGGACAUUUCAAGUGCUCUUGUUUCACUAGGACUCGACCAAGUUGAAAUUGAUGGCUUUAAGUCACGUCCUUUGGGAGUUGAAGACUACAACAGGCUGCUGAAAAAUUGGCAAUUGGACGAAACUGACACCAAAGAUCAAUUAUCUGACAUCAAGUAUUCUAUAGCAUCAGGAUUUACAAACAUGGGAGAACAAAUUAGGCAAAUUCAAAAGUCAGCAACUCCUAGUGAAACUGAUAAGCUUUUUCACCAAGAAUUCAGAAGCCAUAUUUCUUCAAAAUGCAGUCUGUAUCAUCCAAACACAAGAGCUUGGAUAUUGGAAAAAGUGAAAGCUCAAGUUGAAUCUGAUUUCAAGGAAGUCUUGGUGAUACAAGCUGGGCCUGGCAUGGGCAAAUCAGUACUUGCUGCCAGAAUAUGCCAAACGUAUCGAGGCUGUCAAGACAAUCUAGAUGGCUUUGAAGAUUUUGAAGACAGUCAAGAAAACCAAACUAUCCUUGGUGCCUGUCAUUUCUUUCAACACAACGAUCCCUCUCGAAAUAACCCAAGGUUAAUGUUGCAGUCUGUUGCAUGGCAGCUCUGUCGCUAUCUUCCAGAUUACAAAGUUGCUGUAGAGAAGGUUCUGCAAUCAGACCACAUGAGAAAACGUGAUAUCUCAGUUCUAAACUGUACCGAACUUUUUACUUUGCUAUUUGAAGAGCCAUUUUCGCAUCUUGGUAAUGAGCUAACAGGCAAACUUGUUGUCGUCAUAGAUGCCCUUGAUGAGUGUUGCAACAGUUUGAAGAAAGAAUUCUUCCAAGUCAUUCGUGACAGGCUAUAUUAUUUACCAUCAUGGAUACGAUUUGUCAUGACAACAAGACCUCCUCCAAGUAUUUCUUCUCAUGUACCAGGGAACACAACUGAAAUUGAUCCAAAAGCUUCACAGAAUACUGAAGAUCUUAAAAGCUUUUUCGCUGACAAACUGAAAGAGCUGCCCCGCCUUUCUUUUGAUCAGCAACAGCUAAGUCACUUAGAACAACUUGUUGACUUGACUGAUGGUUUUUUUCUGGUGGCCUCAUUUGUCAUCGAUUUCUUAAACAAGACAGGCGUUCACUCAUUGACAGAAGCACUGGAGCGCUUUCCAAAAGGCAGGGGGAUCACCUCUGUUUAUGAAGACUACUUCUCGAGACUACGGGAUGAAAUAACUCCACACCUAAAAAGUGAAGAAGGAUUCUACAACAUGCUGGAUGCUGUAGUUAAAGCCAAAUCUCCAAUUGAAAAAAACAUUUUCUAUGAUAUCCUUGGUUUGCCUCUGAAAGAGUCAAGGAUACCAGACAACAAGAGAAAAGAGGCCGUCAACCUUCUUCAUCAAUUGUUCCCUGUAGAGAAUGAUCACGUGUUACCAUUCCACAAGACCGUCAUUGAUUGGUUGACAACUGGUGACCAUGACUUUGUCGCUAAGGGUGAUGGUAAUGAAGUACUUGCCAAUGUGUGUUACGACGCCCUAAUGAAUAUCAAACGAGAAAUAUUGAAGAACCAAAAUCCUCCUACCCAACUAACAGACAAGGAAAUGUUUGCUUUUGACUUUGGAUUCGAUUACAUGGAAGAAAGUCAAAGCUUCAAUGAAACGAAAACGCUUGCAAUCACAGCUGAUCCAUAUGUACUUUGUACCGAGGCAAUUUGUGACAAGAACAAUUCCGAUGCAAAUGAGUUCUAUUUAGCCAAUGGUUUCUACAAGAAAGCGUUUGCAGAGCGACUUCCGGCUGAGCUUCGACCAAUUUAUUAUCAAAUUCAAAUCUUUCUUAAUAGAAAUUACCAUCCUCAUCUGCAUGAAUGCAUGUGUGUACAAAAGGUAACGUUCUUGCAGUGCUUGGAGUUCACAUUUCGAGCGUUAAACCUCUUAAAAAUUGAAACCGAAGACAGCGUAUUUCAUUAUCUGAAAGAAAACUGUCUCCCUUACCAUGAAAAAGAGACAAUUCUACAGCUGAAGCUUGCAAGUCCAAUGGUGGUCACAGAAGUCUUGCCAUCCGACGAUGGGUUUUUCCUUGGACAGCAUUGGGAUGGACAGACGUUAGUAAAGAAAUAUCAUCACGAUGGAACAUUCAUCAAUGAAGUCCAACUCGACGAGAUUUACAAUUUAACUUUGUCUCCUGAUUAUAAAUCUAUUGUAGCUUGGUACCGUAUCAACUCAAUCUCCGAUAACAUCGAUAUUAGAAAUGUUGAUGCUCUGGGAAAAGUCACAAGCUAUAAAUUGCCCAAUUUUAUAAAGUCUUUGCACGUGUUUGGCAGUCAGCCGUGGUACAUCGUGGCAAGAUGCUUCGACAAUAUGAUCUACAUCGUGGAAGGAGACACGGGUAGAUUGGUGGGAGAUCCUUGUGCAGUACAACAGAACGAGAAUGUUCUUUGUGUCAGCAACGUGGGGCACAUUCUUCUGACAAAAACUAGUAUUGCUAUGUUUAGUGACAUUCUAGACCGUGCAUUCACGGAUGAAGAGAAACGAUUGUGUUUUCAAAUGCUCUUAACACAUCAGAAUGUAGCCUUAAAGAGACGUGAUACUGUUUCUUGUGAGUUAUUUCUGUGUAACUACAAGGAGCUUAACAAGAGAAUUCCCAUCUACUUUAGGCAUUUGCGUUGUCGGUGCUCGAGGAUCGUCGGCCGUGAACCGAUCUCUAGACUAACAUAUUCUGGUCAUGUUUUGUUUUCGGAAGAUGGACAUCUCUUAGCCUUCUAUUAUGCUCGUUGUAUUACCAUAGUAAGAACAUCUGAUGGCUCUCUGUACACAAGUGUCUGCCUGUGUUAUCACGGACACCUCUUUGACUAUGACGUGCACAUUCUAUACCUCUCAGAGACAGGGAUUAUAAUAAACGGUAAAGAGAACAUUUUUUCCUUCAGCUUCACUGGAGAGAGUCGUCCGCGUGAUGUUGCUUUUGAACACGUGUAUUUCUUUCCUGAGAAUCCUGAGAGAAUUUGUUUCUUUGUCUCAAGGAGCUCAAAAAAACCGAAAGAACUUUGGUAUAUUAAAAAUAUCCAGUACAACCAAGGCGAAGCUACCAGUUACUAUGCUCUUUCCUUUCAGAAAUACAUGUUCUUUGAUCAGUAACUUCUCCUGAUUAUGCAUAUUUGUUUCACAACAAAAUCAACUAUGCUAAGUAAGAGGUAGAUAAACCACAUAUAUGACAUUUUCUUGAAUACAAGACUGAUGUGGCUGGUUAUCAACGGUCUCUAGUAGAAUUUUAUUGUAGUAGGUCAUGAACAACAUCGAACGUUUAACGACACAAAACUUUGUAUUAUAGAAAAGUAUUGAGUAUUACGAAAUGUUAACAUGAUUAAUGUUUUCAAGUUAUUGUAAAAAAAAUAUUAUUAUUGAAACAACGAUUUGUAGUUUUAAACAAUUGUAGUGAAUUCAACACAAUGUCUUAGCUUCCUACUUGUUUACCAGAGAAUUUUAAAGCAUAUUUUGUGGGUUUUAGUAAUAAAAUGAAAAAUGCGAAAAGCAA